UUUCGUGCAGCCGAGUCAAGGCUGGCCGAGUUGAUUGUGUAUUGUGGCAGUGUGGGAAUCGGACCAUUCACUGCAGAUAGUUAUGGGAUGCAAUUCUGCCUGCGGAUGGUAAACGGCGAUUUCAACAUCGCCAUCUUCUAAAUACUCAAUUUUUCAUCGGGUGGUUGUAAGAGUGGUCCUGGUUGCCAAUGCAUCUGAAGGAUGGAAGUUGGAAAACCUGCAGACUUAGGAGCCAUCCAGUGACAAAUGAAUCCAUAGGCUCUAGAGUAAAUUAAUGAUAAACAGCUGCCCAUCCAGCUUUCAUUGGUAUUUUUAUCUCUUAUGAAGAAUGAUGAGGCCCUAGACAAUGAACUCUUGGCUGUGGGUGUGGUUGGGUUUGGCCUUGGCAGUGGCUGCCACAAACCACACUCCAGGCGGACCAGAUGAGGCUCCAGAUGUGGCAACAAGCUCUCCUAAAGAGGGGUUUGAGGAGGCGGCAAGCGACCCGGAGGGUGACUGCCCUCCUGCUGAUGAUCAGGAAGUGAAGAUGGAGUUUGCCACCACUGUUGUGGAACAUGAGUACAUCGUGGGCUUCAAAAACUACUACUCUAAAGAGGCCCGUCGCGGCUUCAUCGCCGCAGCGCUCAACCAUUCGGGCGUGGUCAAGUGGACCAUCGUCCCCCGCAACAAUCCCGCCAAGCACCUACCCAGCGACUUCGACGUGCUGGAGAUCCGCGAGACGGAGCCGCGCCGCGGCCUGGCGGCUCUGGCGCGACACCCGCAGGUGCGCCGCGUCACGCCGCAGCGGCUGGUGGUGCGCACGCUCACAUACGUCAACGCCAGCGACGCCGAGCCGGCCGGCGCUGUGAUUGCGCCGCAGGGCAACAAGGCGUUCUGGCACUCGACGGGUCGCCACAACGGGCGCCGGCUGUUGAAGGCGGUGCCGCGUCAGGUGACCUCCAUACUGCAGGCGGACACGCUCUGGAAGCAGUUCGGCGUUACCGGCAAGGGCGUCAAGGUGGCCAUCUUCGACACCGGCCUGAAGAAGGGCCACCCGCACUUCCGACGCGUCAAGGAGCGCACCAACUGGACGACGGAGAAGACGCUGGACGACGCGCUUGGCCACGGCACGUUCGUGGCCGGUGUGAUCGCCAGUCAGGCCGAGUGUCUGGGCUUCGCGCCCGACGCCGAGCUGCAUAUUUUCCGGGUCUUCACCAAGAAGCAGUCAUCCUUCACCUCCUGGUUUCUGGACGCCUUCAACUACGCGAUCCUGAAGAGAAUCAACAUCCUGAACCUGAGUAUCGGCGGGCCGGACUUCAUGGACCAGCCGUUCGUGGACAAGGUGUGGGAGCUGACCGCCAACGGCGUCAUCAUGGUAUCGGCGAUCGGCAACGACGGACCCCUCUACGGCACGCUCAACAACCCGGCCGACCAGAUGGACGUGAUCGGCGUGGGCGGCAUCAAUUUCGAGGACCAGAUGGCGCGCUUCUCGUCUCGAGGGAUGACCACGUGGGAGCUGCCCGCCGGAUACGGCCGGGUGAAGCCGGACGUGGUGACGUACGGGUCGGCGGUGCGCGGCAGUAACGUGGCCGGCGGCUGCAAGUCGCUGAGCGGCACCAGCGUCGCCUCGCCGGUGGUGGCCGGUGCCGUGGCUCUGCUGGUCUCCGCUGUGCUCCACCGCGGCUCUGUCAUCAACCCGGCCAGCGUCAAGCAGGCGUUGAUGGCGUCCGCCCGCCGGCUGCCCGGUGUCAACAUGUUCGAGCAGGGCGCCGGCAAGCUCGACCUCAUCAAGGCGUACCACGUGCUGUCACGCUACAAACCGCAGGCCAGCCUGAGCCCCAGCUAUGUGGACCUGACCGAGUGCCAGUACAUGUGGCCGUACUGCACGCAGCCGCUGUACUACACCGGCAUGCCAACCGUCAUCAACGUGACCAUCCUGAACGGGAUGGGCGUGUCGGGCCGCAUCGUGGACGGCCCCACCUGGCACCCGUACACGCCGCAGUACGGCCACCACCUGCGACUGGCGUUCUCGCACUCGGCCGUGCUGUGGCCGUGGUCGGGCUUCCUGGCCGUGUCCGUGUCGGUGGCCGAGGCGGCCGCGCUCUGGGACGGCACCGUGCAGGGCCACGUGCAGCUGACGGUCGAGUCGCCGGCUGAGGACGGCGAGACCGAGCCGCGCACCUCCACCGUCCGGCUGGCGCUCAAGGCGCGCAUCAUCCCGACGCCUCCGCGCAGUAAGCGGAUUCUGUGGGACCAGUACCACAACCUGCGCUACCCGCCGGGCUACUUCCCGCGUGACAUUCUCAAGAUGGUCAGCGACCCUCUCGACUGGAACGGCGACCACAUCCACACCAACUUUAAGGACAUGUACCAGUCGUUGCGCACGAAUGGCUACUACGUGGAAGUGCUCGGCGAGCCGUUCACCUGUUUCGAUGCCAAACACUACGGCACGCUGAUGAUCGUGGACGCCGAGGAGGAGUACUUCCCGGAGGAGGCCGCCAAGCUGCGUCGAGACGUGGAUGAGGGCCUGUCGCUGCUCAUCUUCGCCGAUUGGUAUAACGUGGUCGUCAUGAAGAAGGUCAAGUUCUAUGACGAGAACACCAGGGAGUGGUGGGUGCCGGACACGGGAGGCGCCAACCUGCCCGCCCUCAACGACCUGCUGGCCGCCUGGGGCAUGGCCUUCAGCCAGCAGGUGGUGGACGGCGAGUUCAAGUUCAAUGGCCAGACGCAGAGCUACGCGUCGGGCACCACGCUGGCCCGCUUCCCCAAAGAGGGCACUGUGAUCCGCCACUCGCUGCGAGACCAGGCCGCGGAGAUCGUGGACGGGCUGAAGAAGAAGGUGCCUGACGCGGCCGUGCUGGGCCUGUACCAGACGCGCGGAGCGGCCGCCGGCGGCAGGAUCGGCCUCUACGGAGACUCCAGCUGCCUCGACUCCAGCCACAUGCAGAAAGACUGCUUCAACCUGCUGUCGGCGCUGCUACACUUCACGUCGUCGGGCCACGUGCCGUCUACGCUGACGUCGGAGCACGUGCAGCCGGUGACAUCGGAGCUGGUGCUGCCGGAGCGCAUGGAGGGCAGCAACCUGCACAGGCACUCCAAGGUGCUGAAGAACGGCCUGGACGGCCAGUCGACGCUGCCGCUGCCGGCCUGCGCGCGCCGCGAGUGGGCGCACCCGUCGCCGGUCAACCAGUCCGGCCCGUCCAACCUGUACCAGUCCGCCAAGCUGCUGUCUGUGGGUCUGGAAAGCCCCAUUCUGCCGCUCAACGCUAUACGCCAGGAUGUGCUCAAAUCGCCGCAGAGCGGCUGGCCGGAGCCGGCCUCGGGCGUCGGUGCCGUGCGGAUGAGCGCCGCCCGCCGGCCGCCGCUGCCCGCCUACGCGCUGAUCGGCCUGCUCACCGUCUCCAUGUUCGUCGUCUGCUACCUGUACAAGCAGUCGCGCGCACUGAUGACGUGA